AUGCCAUUUAAAGCAUUUGAUACCUUCAGAGAGAAAAUUCUGAAACCUGGAAAGGAAGGAGUGAAGAAUGCCGUGGGAGAUUCGUUGGGGAUUUUACAAAGAAAAAUCGAUGGGACCAACGAGGAAGAAAAUAGCAUUGAGCUGAAUGCAGAUGGAAGGCCAGUGCAGGCGCCCAGGCAGAGCCCCGCACUCUGCGACUGCCAGUGCUGUGGCGUCCCCAAGCGUUACAUCAUUGCCAUCAUGAGCGGGCUGGGGUUCUGCAUUUCCUUCGGGAUUCGGUGCAACCUUGGAGUUGCCAUUGUGGAAAUGGUCAACAACAGCACUGUCUAUGUUGAUGGAAAACCGGAAAUUCAGAUAGCACAGUUUAACUGGGAUCCAGAGACGGUGGGCUUUAUCCAUGGAUCUUUUUUCUGGGGUUAUAUUGUGACACAGAUUCCAGGUGGUUUCAUUUCAAACAAGUUUGGUGCUAACAGGGUCUUUGGAGCUGCCAUCUUCUUAACAUCAACCUUGAACAUGUUCAUUCCUUCUGCAGCCAGAGUGCAUUACGGCUGCGUCAUGUGUGUCAGAAUUUUGCAAGGUCUAGUGGAGGGUGUGACCUACCCAGCCUGCCACGGGAUGUGGAGUAAGUGGGCACCACCUUUGGAGAGAAGCCGACUGGCCACGACCUCUUUCUGUGGUUCCUAUGCGGGGGCAGUGAUCGCCAUGCCCCUGGCAGGCGUGCUGGUACAGUACAUUGGCUGGGCCUCCGUCUUUUAUAUUUAUGGUAUGUUUGGCAUUAUUUGGUACAUGUUUUGGCUGUUGCAGGCCUAUGAGUGCCCAGCGGCGCAUCCAACGAUAUCCGAUGAGGAGAGGACCUAUAUAGAGACAAGUAUAGGAGAAGGAGCCAAUGUGGUUAGUCUAAGUAAAUUUAAUACACCAUGGAAAAGAUUUUUCACAUCAUUGCCAGUUUAUGCAAUCAUUGUAGCAAAUUUCUGCAGAAGCUGGACCUUUUAUUUGCUGUUAAUAAGUCAGCCUGCUUAUUUUGAAGAGGUCUUUGGAUUUGCAAUAAGUAAGGUGGGUCUUUUGUCGGCACUCCCACACAUGGUUAUGACCAUCAUUGUACCUAUUGGAGGACAACUGGCUGACUAUUUAAGAAGCAGGAAAAUUUUGACUACAACUGCUGUCAGAAAAAUCAUGAACUGUGGAGGUUUUGGCAUGGAGGCAACCUUACUCCUGGUGGUUGGCUUUUCCCAUACCAAAGGGGUGGCUAUCUCCUUUCUGGUGCUCGCCGUGGGAUUUAGUGGCUUUGCUAUUUCAGGUUUUAAUGUCAACCACCUGGACAUCGCCCCCCGUUAUGCCAGCAUCCUCAUGGGCAUCUCGAAUGGAGUGGGAACCCUCUCUGGAAUGGUCUGUCCCCUCAUUGUAGGUGCAAUGACCAAGCACAAGACCCGUGAGGAAUGGCAGAAUGUAUUCCUCAUCGCUGCCCUGGUGCACUACAGCGGCGUGAUCUUCUAUGGAGUCUUUGCUUCUGGGGAGAAACAGGAGUGGGCCGACCCUGAGAACCUCUCUGAGGAAAAGUGUGGAAUCAUUGACCAAGAUGAGUUAGCUGAGGAGACAGAACUCAACCAUGAGAGUUUUGCAAGUCCCAAAAAGAAGAUGUCAUAUGGAGCCACCACCCAGAAUUGUGAGAUCCAGGAGAAGGAAUGGAGAGGACAGAGAGGAAUGACCCUUGAUGAGGAAGAGCUGACAUCUUACCAGAAUGAAGAGGGAAGCUUCUCAGACACAUCCUAA